GUUGCGCGGCCCCCCUCCCCCAUCCCGGGGUCCUGGUAGUGUUCGUUGGUCCUCUGGGAAGCCCUGGGAAUCUGCCCCCUCAGCAAUGGGGCGGCAGUGGGGGCCCUCCAUGAGGACGGCCGAGCAGGCAGGUUGCGUUGUGAGUGCUUCCCGGGCUGGGCAGCCUACAGCGGGCUCGUGGAGCUGCAGCGGAGUGAUCCUCAGCCGUAGUCCGGGCCUGGUGCUGUGCCAUGGGGGAAUCUUCACUCCUUUCCUACGGGCGGGCAGUGGGUGCCUAACCGCGGCAGCCACCGCCUUCCUGCCUGGUGACAGUUGCAGCGACGACCUGCGCCUGCACGUGCAGUGGGGCCCAACGGCCGAGAGUCCCGCGGGUCGCGCGGAGCUGGGCCGUCCGGGAUUGUGCACGCCCCAGUGUGCUGGUCUCGAGCCUGGCCCGUCCAGCAGUCCCCGCGGGCGGCCCCUGCAGCCCCCGCGUCCGGCCGAGCUGCUGCUGCUGCUGAGCUGCCCUGCCUUCCGGGCCCACUUUGUGCGCCUCUUCGGAGGCGAGGCAGCCGAGCACUGGCACUUUGUAAGUGCUGCACCGGACGACGAGGUUUCGGAAGAGGAGGAGGAGGAUCAGCUGAGAGCGUUGGGCUGGUUCGCGCUGCUGCGUGUGCACCCGGGCCAGGAGGCCGAGGAGGAGCGCGGGCCGGCAGUGGCCGUGGCGCCUCUAGGGACCGUGCCUAAGGGCGCGCCCCUGUUGGCCUGCGGCUCCCCAUUCGGGGCCUUCUGCCCGGACAUCUUUCUCAACACGCUGAGCCGCGGCGUGCUCAGCAACAGCGCCGGCCCACUGCUGCUCACGGAUGCGCGCUGCCUGCCGGGCACCGAGGGAGGCGGCGUGUUCGCGGCGCGGCCCGCGGGGGCGCUGGUGGCGCUGGUGGCCGCACCGCUCUGCUGGAAAGCCCGCGAGUGGGUGGGCCUCACGCUACUCUGCGCCGCCGCCCCGCUGCUCCAAGCUGCCCGUAUGGCUCUCGCCAGCCUGCCUCCCGACUCUGCUGCCCUGGCCGCCCUCCUGCCGCCCGAGGUGGGCACCCCGCCGAACCUGCUUCUGCAAGUCCCUGGGCCUCCGUGGGCAGCCGCGGCCAUGCUGGUGGAGUGCGGCACUGUUUGGGGCUCCGGAGUGGCCGUGGCGCCCCAUCUCGUGGUGACCUGCCGGCAUGUGGCCCCUCGGGAGGCGGCCAAGGUCCUGGUGCACUCCAUCACCCCCAAGAGUGUGGCGAUCUGGGGAUGCGUGGUGUUUGCCACCCAGGAGACAUCUCCCUAUGACAUAGCAGUGGUGAGGCUGGAGGAGGACCUGGAUGGUGUCCCCAUACCUGUGCCUGCUGAACACUUCCAUGAAGGUGAGGUUGUCAGUGUGGUGGGCUUCGGCAUCUUCGGCCAGGCCUGUGGGCCCUCGGUGACCUCAGGCAUCCUGUCGGCUGUAGUGCAGGUGGAUGACACCCCAGUGAUGCUGCAGACUACAUGUGCUGUGCACAGUGGCUCCAGUGGGGGACCCAUCUUCUCCACCCACUCAGGGGACCUCCUCGGCAUUGUCACCAGCAACACCCGCGACAAUAACACAGGGGCCACCUACCCCCACCUAAACUUCAGCAUUCCCAUCACAGUGCUCCAGCCAGCCCUGCAGCGCUACAGUCAGACUGGCGACCUGGGUGGCCUCCAUGAGCUGGACCACGCCACUGAGCCAGUCAGAGUGGUGUGGCGCCUGCAGCGGCCUCUACCCCAGGCCCCUCGGAGCAAGCUGUGAGGCUGUGUCACCCUUUGAGGGGGAAGAAGGACCAUUUUAUGCAUUAGGAAGUGAUGUUGAGGUGGUGGCAGUCAUCAGAUCGGGGUCCAGCUCCAGAUAGGACAUGCCUCAGCUGGCCACCACCCUUUCUUCACCCACUGACUGCAGUGUGGGCUCUGGGCCCAGGACAGACUUCUCUGUACUGUGGGGCCCAGCUGGCAGCCUGUUUUGGGGUGCUUUCUUGAGCCCUGAUCUGUCGGUCCCCCAGCACUAGACUGAGCUGUGUGUUUCCUUUCUGGGGAUUCCAGUCCAACUGCACAAAAGCUCUAGUUUUGAUAGGCAAAUGUGGGAAGGCAGGUCCAGCCCUGGUUGGGCAUCUAGUCCCCUGAUGGCUACUGGUCUCCUUGAGCAGCUUCCCUGGGACCUAGCCUCUGAUAUGCCUCUCUGCAGUCUGAGCUGGCAGAAGACAGGCUUGCUCAGAGCACAGUGACCCUGCUCUGAAGCCCAGAGACAAGGGGCGGACAGGAGCAACUCCCUGUUGUGCCAUAUCAAUGGGCAGCUGGGUCCCUGGAAGCCCGGAUGCCUGGGCCUUCACUCUGACACAGUGCCUUCAUUUUCCAGCCCAUAGCCUGAG